UUAAGGAGAUAACGCAGUGCAGUUGUCAGCAGAACAUGCACCAGCAUCAUUCUGACUACAAACCGUAUCAAGAUGACAGGUCUUGGUCUGCUUGUGUUGCUUGCUGUCCUUGGGGUGUCCCGGGCUUUGAACAAUGGCCUCGCCCUGACCCCGCCCAUGGGCUUCCUGAACUGGGAGAGGUUCCGGUGUAACACGGACUGCGUCAAUGACCCGGCUAACUGUAUCAGCGAGAGGUUGUUCAUGACGAUGGCAGAUGUUAUUGCGGAGGAGGGCUACCGCGACGUCGGCUACGAAUACAUCGGCAUCGACGACUGCUGGCCCUCCAAGUCCAGGGACGCUGAUGGCAACCUCGUGGCAGAUCCAGAGAGGUUCCCCAGUGGAAUUCUAGGUCUCUCUCGAUAUGUCCAUUCCCUUGGGCUAAAACUGGGCAUCUAUGAAGACGUUGGUACCAAGACCUGCGCAGGGUACCCUGGGAGCCAGGACUACACUAAGCAAGACGCCGAGACGUUUGCAAAAUGGGAACUAGAUUUGCUCAAGUUUGAUGGCUGUAACACAGACACAAACCGCUCGGCAAUACAUUUCCCCUUAAUGAGUCAAAGUCUGAACGCGACUGGCAGACCUAUCCUCUUCACGUGCGAAUGGUGGAGUGGAGACCAGACCCAGCACUCCCACUACACCCGCAACAGCGAGUACUGCAACAGCUGGAGGACCUUCAACGACAUACAGGACAGCUGGCCCUCCGUCCUCGGCGUGAUCCAACACUAUGCCGAAAAUGCCGGGGAUUUCAUCUCAGUAUCCGGUCCAGGGUCCAUCAACGAUCCAGAUGAGCUGAUGAUCGGGGACUUCAGUCUGAGUUAUGACCAGGAGAAGGUUCAGUUCGGGAUGUGGGCGAUGUUUGCCGCCCCACUCUACAUAUCCGCUGAUCUGAGAACCAUGAGACCACAGGCCAAGUCCAUUCUACAGAACAAGGGCGUCAUUGCCAUCAACCAGGACCCACUCGUAAAGGGAGCUAAUAUGAUAAAGGAGAUUCAAAACGUGCAAGUCUGGCUGAAACCUUUGGUCAAACCCGGAAGUUAUGCAGUAGCUUUCCUCAACCCGAACUCAGCUGGAACACCAACACGCAUGUCCCUGACCCUAGCGAACAUCACACUGACCAAUCAGAAUGGCUAUCAUGUUAUUGACGUUUUCCGUAGCGUCAUUUUAGGCUUCUAUAAGCCGACCGGUCAGUUCAAUGUGACUGUCAACCCUACGGGAAUUGUGCUGGUCCAGGCAAUGCCUCUUUAAUAUGCAUGACGUACAAUUUAUAAAAUGUUUGGUUACAUUUUAAAAUUUAAUACAACCUAAGAAUCACAUUCGGUAAUCUGAAAUUGUAUACAUAAGUCUUCACAAUAUGCGCCUCAUUACCUGAAACUGUCGAGCUUCUGUCGCUUUCGACUAUUGGCGGCAGUGUGGUUGUGUCAAUAGUACAUUAAUGUGUUAUGCGAGAAUUGCAACUUGAUAUGUAUCCAGAUAUUGCACGUGUACAAUCAUAAACAUUUGCCGGCUAAAUACUGACUUGCUUCGGCAUAUCUUUUUUAUAACUGGAUAUAAUACAAUCGCAUCUUUUCUACAUAUUUCAAGAGGAAUGUGUGAACCAUGUGUUUAAAUGAAAAUUCUUUAAGGAAAAAUAGUAACCUAAAAAGGUUAUAAAAUCUUUACAAAAGAGUGCCGAUUUGUGAAAAGAAACAACCCUUUUGUAAUGCAAGGUAGUCAUAUUGAUAAACCAAUAGUGUCCAUUAGUCAGAUAAUAUGUUAAUAGUUGAAUAGAGAAUUGAUAAACAAGUUGUAACAGAUAUAUGGCAGAAUAAAUAGAUAUGAAUACUAAUAUUGCAAGGAUCAUUAAACAUACUUCUCUGUGUCUUGGAAGUAUAAAUGAAGAUGAAUCGAUUCGCUGGCGAAAUACAAAGUCAAUAGACUCCAUGUGCAAUUGCACAUAUGGAUUGCUUCAAAGUUAAUCCAAGGUGUAAUGUAUAUGUAUGUGUUUAACAGCUGUAUUCUAUAAGACAUCAAUACAUAUUUUGUGUUGGUUUCGAUCAAGAACUGUGUAGCACAGUCACCCUGUUAGGCUUUUUAAUCGAUCAGGAGUGGCAGCAAAAUCCCUAACUAACAACUUUGUUGGGAAUUUGUCUAAAUUGUCCUAAGAUGAAUCAAUAUCACACCGUAACGAUCUCCGUGUUCCUGUAUAUGUAUUGGUCCAUGUAUUUAAAUUGAUGCGCUAAUUUAUGUGCUUUGUCACACACAGCUAACACAGUUGGAUGACUAUGAGGAACCUAUGUCGAACAUUGGUUCUCAGUGAGUAAGUCAACAUUCAAACAGUAAUUAAAACUCACCAUUAUUUUCAA